GUUUCAAAAUGACAACUAGUGUGUUCUCAUCAGUGAGGAGUUCAAAGGUUCGACCAUGGGGACGGUGUUCCAACUACAUUAGGCAGCAGAGGACUCGGCUUUACAUCAUUUGGAGAUGCACUGUCUUGCUCUUGUGCUGGCAUGACUCAACAAAUUAACUCUCACUGCUCUUCCUCUGCUUCCUUCCUUACAACAAUAUUAAUUUAGCCACAUUGUUCAACCAAUCCAAUUACAUGCUUUUCGUGUGUUAGGGUACCUCUUCAAUCUUGAUUAGUGUGUAAAUUACCAAACUAUAGGAAAGAUCCAAGUCAAUGAUGCUAAGCUGAAGUAAUUGUAACUUGUAAGCUCUGCCUGAGGCCCCAGUUUCAUUGAAUCUAGUUUUGACAUGAAAUGACACCCACUUUUUUAAAUCAAAUUAAGUUUCUGUUCUUUUCUUUUCUUUUCUUUAUUUAUUUAUCUUGCUAUUCAGUAUAUUGGUUAGAGAAUAAUUUCGUUCACAAUAUCAUGAUUAUA